AAUAUAUGAACUUAUUUUAUGAAGAUAAACAUUACACACACAGUCGACUUUGGCGCACACAUUAUUUUUGGUAUUUCUUGGUUAAUCUAUUCUAGUUUUAUAGUUAUGUAUACAUUAAUACCUUUUGUCUAUAUGUAAAUUAUUUAUUUAAAGAUUUUGCAAAAGUUAAAUUACUUAUGUAUAUACUUUUUGAAGCUUGGGGCUUGUUUAAGGACACGUAUGUGUUGAUGCAAAAUAUCACAAUUUUGUAUGGUAGUGUUUGAUUUUAAUUUUAUCCAAAGAUAUUUGUCGCGUUUGUUUGAUCUAUUGUUUGACAUUAUUAUCUUAGUAUAAAGAUUAAAUAUCAACAUACUUGAUUCCUUUUUUUUCCAAGAUGUUCAAAAAUACAGAAAAUAUCGCAUUGCUUCUCAGGACACCUUGCUAGGUUGACACGUGUAAAGUGGAACACGUGGCACGAACUUUUUGCUAUUGCCAGACCGCUCGAAUGUAUAACUGCAACAAAUAUCAACGCCAGCACUAUUCUGUAAAUUCACUGAAAAUUCUAAAUUUUUUGGUUGUGGAUUUGAGGUUUUGGACGAAGACAGAGCAGAAAUUGUAUGGGUUCAUCUGAGUUUUCCUCGAGAAAUUCUGUCGAGCAGGAAGAGACUUCUAAAUUUGUGUUCGUGCAGUGUCAGGAAAGAGAGGCGAUGGCGCCUGAAUGGACAGACGAGAAACACUGCUUGUUUCUCAAGUCUAUGGAAUCAACAUUUGUCAACCAGCUAUACAAGUCAAUAGAGAUGUUUGGUUUGCAGUCUCAUACGAGCUCUGCAUCGCGAUCAAAACCUCUCAAGCAAAAGCAGACGUGCACCCGAACUUCUGGCCAGUUUAAGGUUCUCCGUGAUGGAUUUUGGUCCAAAGUCGACUUCCAAAAGGACGAAUCAGAACACGACCAAGGAGAGGAAUAUAAAGUUCCAUUGUCAAAUCCCUGGAUCCAACGCUAUCGGAACUCUAAAAUACAGACAACUAAAAGGUGUCCAUCUUCUUCGGCUAAAGCUCCUUUAGCAACAACACACAAAAGCAACAUGUCACCUCCACGCGAAGAUUAUAAUGGCAAUAAUAUAGAGAUGACUGAUCAGAACUUCAACGAUGAAGCUGCUGCAGAAGACAAUUCUGCUAAGGUAGACGAAAUGAACACAACGGGAAGCAAUGAUCAAGUUGUUCCCAACUACAAUACAAUUCGAGCUGACAACGUUCUCGAAGGCCCACAAUCCACAUAAACCUCUCGAAGACUAGAAUGCUGAUGUAGUUUAGACAGCCCAAGAUCCCUAAUGCCAAAACCAGAAACCAGUAUUUGACUGAGACAGCUGCAACUUCUAACUCCAUGAAAGAAGAGUUGACAUGGGGAGAAGGAUGCCAGAACAGCGUCGUCGCGUAAUCCUGCACAAGUUCUGUAAAUAAUUUUUGUAAGCUCUAGAAGAAGUGUGAGACUGCACCUAUCCCUUAGUUGGCUUAGAGGGAAAUAAAAUCCUCAAAGAAGUGACGAACCGGUCCCAGGUUUUUGUUCGUUAUUGUGAAUUUUUUCGAAUUGUUAUAUUGUAAGCUUCUUUCUCGGCCUUAGAUUGGUGUAAGAUAGUUGUAUUGAAGAAUUCAUUCACAUCAAGUUGUGCAGUUGGAUAUGUUAAUUUAAUCGAUUCUAAACGAGUUUUUCA